CUGAGAUUCUCUUUCCUCAGACAUAGCCUCAAAAAGACAAAAGGAAAGUUUACCUUUUCUACUUCCUUCCUGGAAAGAUGCAAAGUGCUUUAGUAGGCUCCUGGCACAACGCUGGCUUCUAUGGGCACUACAGAGGCCAAUUCAAGAGUGAAAAUGCUCAAGAAUACCGCCUUGCAGCCAAGCCCCAGCCUCCAGCAGUAUUCCUGCAGCGAUGUCAGGAGCCAGCACAGCAACACUUGUUCUCCAAGCACGACAACCGUACUUCUUUCGACAAAGGCCCCUACUGCCUGCUGCAGGGAAUCGGAAGGCGGAAAGACCUGGAGCGCCUACGGCAGCAGCACACCUUCCUGCGCUGGGCACCCCAUGAGCUGGAGUUGGGCAAGCAGCGGCCCCUUGAAUCCUCCUACCAGGCCAAUUUCCGGUCAGGCCCCGGACUCAGUGACCUCCCCCAGCGCCUUAUCCACUUUGUGCAGAUCGAGCCUCCCCGUACCAGCACCACCUACCAGCAGAACUUCUGCCAGCCAUCCCGGGGUGGCCACUGUGGCAGCAACAACAUGGGACCAGUCACCAACACACUGCCUGACCUCCCAGGGAUCCCAAGACCCAAGCUGCUGCAGCAUUACCUUCAUGACGGGGUCUCGGAGUGUCUAAAUUGGUCCAGAGCAUUAAACAAGGACAGCUGACA